GAGCGGCCCCGAGGAGCCCGAGGGGCGACGGACGGCGCUCAGGUCGGGACGCGCUUUGGCGGCCGCCGGAUGAGCGCAGGCUUCUCCCUGCCCGCCCCAAAUCCCCUCCCGAGCCGCGCAACAGGACGGCAAAAGCAAAUCUCCGCAGACCGUCUGGCGGCAAAAAUCCCCCGGACUCCUCCAAGAAACCUUCGGGGCCACCAAUGAGAAUUAGAAUUAAUAAUAUUAAUAAUAACAAUAAUAACAGAAAUAUUGCCGGUAAUAAAACCCGCGCCCCAGAGGUGAAAGAUUCUCUUUUUUUGGGGGAGAAAAGCCAAAUUUGCUGCAGCCCCCCCUUCCCCUGUGGGUUCGGAAGGAGCCACCCCGAGCAUGAGGGCGAUGCAGGAAGGAUUUGGGAGCGCAGCAGUGAGGAAUCCUCCGCACCCCGAGCCGGCUUUUCCUCCUCCUCCUCCUCGGAGCCCCGGAGUCCCGCAGCCCCGCUCCUCGCCCCACGCCGGCCUCGGAUUUGCUGGAGCCGCCCCCGGAGACCCGGUCAGCUCCCACCAGCCAGCUGGAGAGGGGCCGUCACGUGGCCUCGGGGUGCCAAUGUUCUGCCAUAGGGGUGUCAGGACCCUGGUAGCCAAGGAAGAUGCAGAAGGCCUCGUACUACGACAGCUCCGCGCUCUUCGGGGCCUACUCCUCCUACGCCAAUGGGUUCGGCUACGAGGGCGCCCAGGGGCCCUUCCAGGCCUCUUCCCACCUGGAGAGCGACUUCCAGAGGUCCUCCUGCUCCCUGCAGUCCCACGGCAAGAGUAAGGAGCUCAACGGGAGCUGCAUGCGGCCCGCGGAGCCGCCGGCGUCGCCCAACGCCAACAGCGCCAACAACAACAGCGCCAACAACAACAGCGCCGGUAAAAACAGCCCCGGGAAAUCCAGCCUGGGCGCCGGCGGCAGCAUCUCCAAGCAGAUCUUCCCCUGGAUGAAGGAGUCGAGGCAGAACUCCAAGCAGAAGAGCGGCUCGCCCGGCGCAGAAACCUGCGGCGGCGGCGGCGGAGGAGGCGGCGGCGGUGAGAAAAGCCCCCCGGGCUCCUCGGCCUCCAAGAGGGCACGCACGGCCUACACCAGCGCCCAGCUGGUGGAGCUGGAGAAGGAAUUCCACUUCAACCGCUACCUGUGCCGGCCGCGGCGCGUGGAGAUGGCCAACCUGCUGAACCUCAGCGAGCGCCAGAUCAAGAUCUGGUUCCAGAACAGGAGGAUGAAGUACAAAAAGGAUCAGAAAUCCAAAGGCAUGGGCGGCUCCUCCUCUGGGGGGCCCUCGCCGGCGGGCAGCCCCCCGCAGCCCAUGCAGGCCUCGGCGGGGUUCCUCAACGCCUUGCACCCCAUGAGCGGGGCCUACGAGGCGCCCUCGCCGCCGUCCUUCGGCAAAGCGCACCAGAACGCCUACGCCGUGCCCAACCCCGGCUACCAGGCCGCCCUGAAGGGCUGCCCCAACCAGCAGAAAUUCGCCGGGCCCGCGGCGGCGGCCGAGUACGAGCCGCACGUGCUGCAGGCCAACGGCGCGGCCUACGGCGCGGGCGCCAUGCAGGGCAGCCCCGCCUACGUCGGAGGGAACUUUGUGGAUUCUCUGCCCGCCUCGGGCCCGGCCCUGUACGGCCUCAACCACCUGGGCCAGCAGCACCAGGCCGGCGCCAUGGACUACGGAGGGGUCCCGCCGGGCCAGCCCCACGGACCGUGCGAGAGCCACGCGGCCUACGCGGAGCUCUCGUCGCACCACGCGACUUCUCAGGGCAGAAUCCAAGAGGCGCCCAAGCUCACCCACCUGUGAGAGGGGAAGCUGGUUUUACUUUUGGGGGAAAA